GUUCCUCCGACCAUCGUCCCUCUCACUCGUUGAACCCACUUUUGCCUUUCUUUGCCUCUGUCUUACGCAUCCAUCAUCAUUUGUUUUCUUUGCCAUCAUGACGUACCGCCUGCCCUCUAACCUUGAAUCCUUCGUCCCCCCUCCUGCUGUUCAAGCUUCAGCACCUACCUCUGCCCUCACGCAUCCGUGGCGAGGAACAUUGAUUGUCAGCGGUAUGCGGGCCUCUGAUAAAAGCAGCAAUCAAGAAAUCAGGGUCACCGCUGUUGAGACUGAUGGCGAUAAUCGCGUUCAUACAUGGCCAACACACAUGGUGUUUUCCCUGGCAUCUCCAUACGCACUGUCAAUAAUGUCGCAAGUGCAAUCUUAUAUCCGCCAGAACAGAAGCAGUCCCACUCCUCUAUGCACCAUCCUUCCUGAUCGUUUGCGUGACCCGAAUACGAAUGCUGUUAAUCUCUCCAACUUCAGAAACCUUUCCCGUAUACUGUAUGAUAACGAGAUGGUCGCUCUGGCUUCCCUUUCGUCUGCUAGUACGCCGGAAGCCCUUCCCCAGGCUCCGCCUUCCUCGGGAAUUCUGAUAUUUCCCGCAUCCAACUCGACUGCGUUACUCGUUGGAGCGUUGUUCCUUGAUGGAGAAUCCUUCCCUGAAUUUGUGCUGUCUGCAAUGAAAAAUUCCCAGGGCAAUGUAUCGCCUUCAUCUACCUCACCCAGCAUCCCGAUUUCUCCUUCUGUUAUCCAAGCACGGUCGCAGCAUCGUUUGUAUCAUCAAUCAGAACAAAGGGACGUGGUACCUUCCGGUCCUUUCCGCCCUCACGAGCACAUGUCGUCUUCGACAUAUCCAUCGACGGUGAUGCGUUAUCAACACCGUCAGUCGCCAUCCCUAAGUCCCGUGUCGCCGGUCGACAAUCCCAACACGUCAAUCACCAGUUUUCAUAACCGGUCCCAGCAGUAUUCGCAGAUGCAACAGAGCCCUGACUCCGCUCAGCGGCCUGCCGCUGGUCAAUACCGUUAUGCGAUGCAUAAUCUUUCAUUACCGCCCGUUCCUGACGACAACACCAGCUAUCCAUCCCCUUAUCGACACAAUGACCCUUUUUCCGCAGUGGAUGCGGACCCAAGGACUGGCACUCUACCAUGGAUGGUAAAACAGGAAGGUGAUGAUCCUUCCGCUUAUUAUCAGCAUGAAGGCAGCGGCUCUCAUUCUCGCUACGCUUAACAUCAUUACCAACCUGGAAUGCUUUUCUCCUUCAUACAUCAUGAUUCUCUUCUGAUCUUACGGUCUGCUCUCCCUGCCUUGACACACUCACUGUAUUACCGCCUCGGUUUAUCAGCCGCAGUAUCUCUUAGAGCGGAGCGUAUUGGUCCGCCCGAUGCUACCUUCUGUGUUUUUCUA